UUGACGCGGUCAUACUAGUCGUCCUCCCGCACAAAAACAUUGCUGCUUGAAAUUAUUUAAAUGUAGCUCCCGGUGCAAGCGAUAAAGCUACUCGAAAUGACCUACGACGAGCGCAGCAGUGAUGGCAGCAGCUCCAGCGAAACGCAGGACUCCUAUGCCCACCUGCUAGCCUCCAAACCGGGCCAAUCCCAGACGCCGGCCACCGCGAUGCCGAAGCAUAUUCCCUUUCCGGAGCACGCCACCACAUCCGAGUGGCUUAGCGAGCUCAUCAUGUGCGCCUUUACCAUGGGCUCCGCCAUCGUUCAGUUCAUCAACAUCUACAGGACCAACUGGUGGCUGCCACAGGCGCACACCAGACACAUGGUGAACAUUGAGCUGAUUGAUCCUUAUCUGCGUUAUCUCCUGUUCAUACUCAACACGCGAAGACUGAUCUACUGCUUGCUGCUGGUGAAGAUCAGGAAGGGCAACGAGAAGAGCCAACAGUUCAUCCGGCUGGGCAUCAAGUACGGAUUCGGAGGUCUGGUGCAGCUGGCCCUGGGAUUCUGCGCCCUGAAGCUGUACCAGCAGCACACCUACAUCCUGCUUCUCUUCCUAUCAUAUCCAGUCGUCAUCUACCUGCUGAUCUUCGGCUUCCAACUGGAGCCUUUUCUGCGCACCAGAUUCGAGCUGCCUGGCGUGUACAUUAACGAUCUCCCCGUUCACAGCUGCACCACCAAUCCCGUGAACAUUAGGGACGAAGUGGAGACACUGCGUCAUGACUUUAACAAGCGCUUCAAGCAGCUGAUCUUCACCUCCAUGCUCAAUGCAUACUACAGCGGCCUGGUGCCCUGCUGUCUGGCCAUCAGUGUCCAGUAUAAUGUAAUCAGGGCUGCCCAGCACUGCAUCAUCGUUUGUCUGGGCGCCUUCAGUCUCUGUGCCGUAUUCCUGUAUCCUGCUAAGUACAGUGAUACUUUGCAUCGGGCUACCUUGCAUUUAGGCUGCUGGCAGCGCAUCGAUCGGGAGCCGGCGCCUUCGCAGUUGAUAGUGGCCGCUAAUGCCCUGGCUUGGUCAAAGUACUCCUCCUACAACCACGGCACCGUGGUAAAGCACAACGGGGGACUGUACAGAAGCCAGGGCCUGGUGACGGUAGCCACUCCGGGAAACGCAAGCCAUGCAAGAUUCUAUAAACUUUUUCACAAUCCCACCAUUAUUUACUCCACGUUGGCCAUUCUUCAGGCCGCCGUGCUGCUUGUGGAGAUUGGAUCUCUAAGCGCCGAAAGCGUCGAGUGGCAUUUUGUGCUCUCCAUCAGCUUUGUGGCCUUCACCAGCAUGGGUGCCUUCUUCAAGCUGGUGCGCGACUACCUCAUCACUAAGGACCUUUACAAGGCGGAGCACGCGGUGGCACCCGAUCAACCCUUUCGACUACGCAUGAGAGAUGCAUUUAUGUAACAACGAUCCAAAGAAUAAAAAAAAUUACAUUUA